AUGCUCAGUCUCAGUCAUCUACAGCUCGAAGUUUUACGGCGUUAUCGAGUUGCUCUUCAUUAUCGUCAAUUAUACAUUUCUUUCUUGUUUCAUCGGUUGUUAGCUGCAACGAAGUUAUUAAUGGCUAAUAGCAAUCAACAACAGCAUAUAUCAGCAUUUGCAAGCGAUAAUAAUAGUACUUCAAAAGUUGAUAAUCAACCACAAUCUUCAAAUACCAGUAACAAUUUUCUCAAUCAAUCCAUGAUCGACUUGGCGUCUUUGCUCGAAAUACCUCUUUUUAAUGAAUUAAUGCUUGUAUAUGAGAUCCAAUAUAAUGCAACAAAAGAUGCUCUCAAACAUUUCCUUGAAGAACAGCCUAAUUUGAUCCUUCCUCUCUUUACCAAUGUAUUAUGGAGUUUGUUGGUUAAUCCGUUAUUGGCUAUUAGUCCAGUUGCAAACUUGAAUUUAUCUGCUCAUGAUCUGCCAAUAUCUGCUGAUGAUUUACAAAAAAUUAUGGGAGAUAUGUUGGAUAAGAUUAAAACAGCGAAUAACAGUAUGCAGAAUGUACCUAAUCCUCAGCAGUGCAAUCAACGAGUGCCUAAUCAGUUGAAUAAUAAUACUGAUAAACGAACCCGAAGUGCAAAUCGUACUGAAAAUAAAAACAGCUCAAUUCUAUGCAAUGUUUGCGCAAAACCAUUGAAAAAUCGAGCUGCAUUUGUAAAACAUCGUCGACGACAUCUUGGCAUCUCAGAGCUUGCUUUUGCAUGCGGAACAUGCGACAAACGAUGCAGCGAACGUCGUCAUCUAGCGGUUCAUUGCAAAAACAAACAUCAUGAAAUGCCAUCUCUUCGAAGCAGUGCGGAGAAAAAAGAUAUGAUAAUUCCUAGCAAUUCAAAGGAAGAAAGUCCAGAUUCAGUACCUGAAACAGGAUACGUAAAUGAGAAGGUACUUGUGAAGCUUUGGCAAUCAAAUGAUGACAAAAAUAGCAUUUCAAAUGGAACACAUAAAUUUAAUCAGUCGUAA